AUGGAAAUAGCUGAUACUGAUAUACCUUCAAUUCAAAUGGGCGCUAGAUCAGUGCCAAAAACUCCAACCAUCGUUAGGAGGAUUGAGGAUUUUGAGAUCGAAUCAGAUUUCGAAAAUAGUAAAAAAAGAGCAGUAACGUCGCAGUCUAGAAUCAUGAUAUCGCCUGAUGUAAGAGUAUCCGAAGGUAAAGAAAUAAUAAGAUACUAUAAGAAGAACAACUGCUUGAAUGAUACAUACCGGAAGAAGCUGGUGAAUAUAUCUGUUGAUUAUUUGAUUGGUUUCUUCGACAGAAAUUCUAUGCCAUCGACUUAUUCCAGAGAAGAGCUAGCAAGGUCUAUAGUGGUUGUGUUUCCAAAACUCAAAGAUCCAGACAGUCCAAAAGGUUAUGAGGCCUUCUAUGAACCUGCAACGCAAAAAGGUUUCAUUACGACAAGAUUGAGAACGAUAUUUAGGAAGAAGAAUGCUGAUGUUGAAAGUAGAAGGAACACAGGACGACAAUCCGAUGAAUUUGAAAAAUCAUCUCAACAUGUCGAUGAACAGGAAAAUCUUGUUGAAACAAUGAAGUAUAAAGAUGGCAGCAAUGAUGCUGCAGAAAUUCAUGAAAUCACUAAGAAAACAUUUUGGUAUAGGAGGAAAACUGGAUGUGACUAUAACAAGUAUCCCAGGUUCUUUGAUACGAAAGGAUUGAUAUCAUUAGAAUUCAAAUUAAUGUAUCCAGAUGCCAAAAAAUUGUCAGACACUUUUCCAAUUUAUAUAAAUAAGAUAUUCGAAGUUUAUCACCAUACUUUACACUCGAAAUCUGAAGAAAUAACAAAUGACAUGGGAGAUAAUGCUUGGAGCAAGUUGGUUCGAGCAUUCUUCUGUAUUUUACAUAUCCUUCCUCCUGCUGUGAGAGGACGAAAUAGGGAAACGGCUAUUUCAGCUCAGAGACACUUCAUUCAGUUUCAAAAGUCCGAAGUACCACUUGCUGAAGUUAUGAAGACGAAGACAUCCGAACACCCCUUUUUGUUGGCAGUGGGUCAAUCGAAAAGAUACUGCGAAAAAUACUAUCUCGUUUGCUACGACAAUAUCAUACCGAUCAGUAAUGUAACAUACGGGGAGCAAAACUUUUUGACUGCAGUGGAUAUUUUGAUAAAAACUCACUUUGUCUCCAACAUAGAGUACAAUAUGAAUUUGAGAACUUUUUUUGAUUUUAUAUCUCGACUUUCUUCUAUGAGAUAAAUGAAGGGAUCUCGAUUACUAGUAGAAUGAGAGAAUUUAGGUGUAAAUUGAAAAACUGAGAGAUCACUGGUUAUGUUUAUAAAUUUUAUCCAAGUACUGUUACUUUUUCUUUUUAUAUGUACACACAUAUUAUAUACAAACGUUAGUUACUGUCAUUUAAAUAAGGAUAUUGAUUCUGGGCAAUGAUCAUCUUAAUAAAGCUGCAUAUU